AUGCAAAAGGUCCCAAGGCCUUACCGUUGGGGCUUGGACUUGGCCUUCCGCUACCAGUACGUCUAUCGACACCGAGAGACCUGGAAUCAGAAGUCACCCUCCAGUGCCGAGGUGGUGAAGGUGGGGAAAGGGAGGAGAGUUGUUCCAACCAUUUUCUGGGUGAGACAUGCAGACACCGUUUCCUGGCAGGCUUUGGUUGCAGCAACGCCUGGGUCGAGAAGCAGCAGCCGGACUUGCAAGAGAUGCAGGUUCCAUGUUUGCUCAUCAACUCGCGAGACGAUCCCAUUUGCAUUUGGGAGAACGUGGAGGAGCACAAGUCAGCCAUUGAGAAGAAUCCAUUUUUGGCCUUGGCGGAGCUGCAGCGUGGAUCUCACGGCUGCAAGUUCGAUUUCUGGGGCUACAAUUCCGUUGGAAACCGCAUGA